CAGGGCUGGCAGCUUCCAGGGAUGGCAGCAGUGUGUGACAAGCUCUGCCAGGAGGAAUGUAUGGGAAGUGACUGCACACAAUGAUCCUGCAGCCAGGACGGUGCACAGGGGAACAGGCUCUGGACCAUGCUGAGACCUGAGAGGGGUGACUUCUGCACCCAGCAACACUGGAUUUAUUCCUGAAGAACCAAGAGUGGCAUCAAGAAGAUGACUGUGACUGAAGGAGUCUUAAAGUGCACCCUAUACCCAGAAGGAGUCUACCCGAGGAUCUUGGCAACCUUGGCAUCUUUGAGGACAUCAAGGAAGGGGGAUGCUAAUACAGGUCCAGUCCAGUCCACAGGCAGCCAUCCAUCUCUCUCCAUACAGUGCCCAGCCACCCUGUCCCCCACAAAACCUUCUCCCACCUGCAUUCAUGACUGACAGACCUUUAAUUACUACUGAACAAGACUUGGCCACUGUCAACCACACCAACGUCACCGACUGUGGAAAGGACAUCUUGCUGUAUGGGGACAUUGAGAAGAUUGUCAUUGGGGUUGUGCUAUCCAUCAUCACCAUCUUCACCAUAGCUGGCAAUAGCCUGGUGAUCAUCUCAGUGUGCAUAGUGAAGAAGCUCAGACAGCCCUCCAACUACCUGGUGGUGUCCUUAGCCGCUGCUGACCUCUCGGUGGCCAUCGCUGUCAUGCCUUUUGUCAUCAUAACAGACUUAGUUGGUGGAAAAUGGCUCUUUGGCAAAGUGUUCUGCAAUGUUUUCAUAGCCAUGGAUGUCAUGUGCUGCACAGCCUCCAUCAUGACCCUGUGUGUCAUCAGCGUGGACAGGUACCUUGGGAUAACACGUCCAUUGACCUAUCCAGCACGACAGAAUGGCAAACUGAUGGCAAAGAUGGUGUUUAUAGUCUGGCUUCUCUCUGCCUCCAUCACUCUCCCACCACUGUUCGGAUGGGCUCAAAAUGUCACAGUGGAGAGGAUGUGUCUCAUAAGUCAAGACUUUGGGUACACCGUCUACUCCACUGCAGUUGCCUUCUAUAUCCCGAUGACUGUCAUGCUCAUUAUGUAUCAGAGAAUCUUUGUAGCAGCUAAAAUCAGUGCUGAGAAGCACAAAUUUGUGAACAUCCCAAGACUCAUUGAACAAGAAGGCAUUUAUUGCUUAGAAGAAAAUAAUGCUCCUAAAAAAAGCUCCAAAAAGAACAAAGCGGUUGAAGAAUUUGCCACCUUGUCCAAGCUCAUACGCCAAGACAGGAAGAACAUCUCAAUCUUCAAACGAGAGCAGAAAGCUGCCAGGACUCUUGGGAUAAUCGUUGGAGGCUUCACCUUUUGUUGGCUUCCUUUCUUCUUGCUGUCCACAGCUCGGCCUUUCAUUUGUGGUAUUAGGUGUAGUUGCAUGCCCCUCAGACUGGAGAGGACUCUUCUGUGGUUGGGCUACACCAACUCACUCAUAAACCCUUUGAUCUAUGCCUUCUUCAACAGGGAUUUGAGGACUACUUUUUGGAACUUGUUGAGGUGUAAGUACACCAAUAUCAACAGGAGGUUGUCAGCUGCCAGUAUGCAUGAAGCGUUAAAAGUUACAGAAAGGCAUGAGGGCAUCUUGUAAAGUGGUUCCAUCCUAUAGACUUUGAACAUCAAGACUUGACCAUGACUCUGAAAGACACACUGUUUAGUGCCUAUUCCAAGAGACAAUGCUUUAUGGUGAUUUGUCUUUUGAGUUAGUUGUUUUUGGUAUAUUUAUUACCAUGGUCGUCAUAAAGUGGUGAGUACUCACUGGGUUUCUCAAAUGCAGUAGAAAAAUAUAACUACUUCAUUGCUUUCCAACUAGGGUCCCUUGGAAUCUGCGGAACAUGGUUCAA